CUUUUCUUUAAAAGGAAGAAUGGAAAGAAACAUUAAGACUUUUGUUUUGUUUUGCCUUCUUAUUCGUGUGCCAUUACUUUGUGACAUCUUACCGGAAAAGAGAAAAUUGGAUCGGCUCAUAUCAACUAGAUCUACCUGUAGCACAUCAAAAUCAUGUCCUCCCCAGAGAAAUUAUGAAUUGUGGCACUCUCAUUGUAAACACAGUUGUCUUGACGGUGAGAGGUACAUUUGUUUGGAGAAUGAAGAUGGUGAACCAAUUACAGAAUUUUGUGCACCUGCUUCAUUAAAGUGUGAACCUGGCACAAAAGGGGUGUUUACUAUAGACAAUAAUGAUCAUACAAAGGUAGUGAUGACAGUAACACCAUGUCCACAAGAUAGAUACCAGCAACAUUCCUCAAACUGUACAAAUGCGUGUAAAGGUAAUCGUGGUGACUUUACUGGCUUGCCGGAAGAAUUUGUCAUAUACUCUAACGGAAGUUCGGUUGAACCCCCCAAGGUUUAUUGCAACUAUACAGCAGGCUACUACAAUCCAGACAACAGCUUCUUGUUUCCUUAUGAUGAUAGUUUCAUACAUUAUUAUGGUCCAUAUUGUAUACAUGUCAAUGAUAGUGAUCCUUGCAGUAAGGGAAUGAUGCCUCUGCCAAAUAGCAGCUGCGUUGAGCCCUGUUUUGUUGGAUAUGUAAGGGAUGACCAUGAUAAUUUCAUUUGUAAACCACAAUCAAUUAACCCAGUUAAUGUGGAUGGAAAAUACCUCACAACACAGCUUACCACUGUAUUUCAGAGCACUACUGAAGGCAACAAAAAUCAGUCUUGGACAUCAAGAUACAUUUUUGUGAUUAUUGGUGGUGUUGUUGUUGUUGUUGUUAUCGGACUCAUUAUUUUUUUGUGCUGCUUGUGGAAAAGGAAACAAAAAAAUGGAAAUAAUUAUUCAGAUGGAAAUAGGGAAGGAAUAGAGGAAGAGGUGCAGCCACUUCAAGAUAUAGAAGGUGAAACACCAGCUGAUAAAUCGGAAGAAGAAAUUGCUUUUAUAAAUGAAGCAAACGGAAAAAUUGCUAAUGGUACAGGUGCUUUACCAAAGAAGGAAGGAACGAUGGCAAAUGGUACUGAUGCCUUACCAAAGGAAGGAACAAUGGCAAAUGGUACAGAUGCUUUACCAAAGGAAGGAACAAUGGUAAAUGGUACAGAUGCUUUACCAAAGGAAGGAACAAUGGUAAAUGGUACAGAUGCUUUACCAAAUAAGGAAGGAACAAUGGUAAAUGGUACAGAUGCUUUACCAAAGGAAGGAACAAUGCCAAAUGGUACAGAUGCUUUACCAAAGGAAGGAACAAUGGUAAAUGGUACAGAUGCUUUACCAAAGGAAGGAACAAUGGUAAAUGGUACAGAUGCUUUACCAAAGGAAGGAAAAAUGGUAAAUGGUACAGAUGCUUUACCAAAGGAAGGAACAAUGGUGAAUGGUACUGGUGCUUUACCAAAUAAGGAAGGAACAAUGGUGAAUGGUACUGAUGCUUUACCAAAGAAGGAAGGAACAAUGCCAAAUGGUACAAAUGCUAUACCAAAGAAGGAAGGAACAAGGGCAAAUGAUAAAAAUAGAAAUAUCAAAGAUGCAGAGGAUCAGGUGCCACUUCAAGAUACAAAAGUUAACUCAGAUAUAAAUAAAAAUAUUAAAGGUGCAGGGGAACAGGUGCCACUUCAAGAUACAGAGGCUUGUGCAGAAGUUAACUCAGAGAAAAGACCUUUGAAACGAAGAAAUGGAAAGACAGGUGAACUAAAGAAAACAUAUAAUGACACACUUACUCCAACAAUUUUGAAUGCAUUGAACUCUCAGGCAGAGAGUGUUGGAUGCCUCAUUUGUGAAGAGGGUAUUGCUGGGACAGUAUUCAAAGUUGGAACAAAUCAUGCUAUGACAGCCUGUCAUGUUGUUUAUUUCAUUAUCAGAAUAGAUAAAAAUGGUCCAAAUGAGAAUGGCAACUUUGAUUGGUCACAACUGACAUCUGAUAGUGUGUAUGUGAAUUUUAAUGAAUUAAUAACUGACAAGCCAAGGAAAGUAUCCAAAGUAACUUGUGUGUACUUUAAUGAGCAUUUAGAUGUGGCUGUCCUUAAAUUUGAGGAAUGUCCUUAG